GAAGUCGAGAUUCACGCCAUUUUGAGGCAUCGGCCAGCGGCAGCCAUCGAGAAGCUAGUCAGAUGAGGGCAAUGUGAUCGACCCUUUUGAAGCUAUGCCGAUUCCUUAGUCGUUUAAAAACCCCACUAUCACGUUGAUAUUCAUCGUUUUCACAUUUGAUAUAACAUUUCUAACCUAGAUUACUCUUCCAGCCAUGUCCACCGAGGGAGCAGCCGACCAGGCAGCAGCAGAAUACAUCCCCGAGAAGGUGAAGAAGGCAGAGAAGAAGUUGGAAGAAAACCCAUAUGACCUUGACGCGUGGAGCAUUCUGAUUCGAGAAGCACAGAACCAACCCAUAGAUAAAGCAAGGAAGACAUAUGAGCGACUUGUCACGCAGUUCCCAAGUUCUGGCAGAUUCUGGAAACUAUUCAUUGAAGCUGAGAUCAAGGCAAAAAACUAUGACAAGGUAGAAAAGUUGUUUCAGAGAUGCCUAAUGAAAGUGUUGCACAUUGACCUGUGGAAAUGCUACCUCUCAUACGUUCGAGAGACCAAAGGGAAGCUGCCCAGCUACAAAGAGAAGAUGGCUCAGGCGUACGACUUUGCUUUGGAUAAAAUUGGCAUGGAAAUAAUGUCUUACCAGAUUUGGGUGGACUAUGUCAACUUCCUCAAAGGAGUUGAAGCUGUGGGCUCAUACGCAGAGAACCAGCGGAUCACCGCAGUACGGAGGGUUUACCAGAGAGGCUGCGUCAACCCCAUGAUCAAUAUCGAGCAGCUCUGGAGAGAUUAUAGCAAAUACGAGGAGGGGAUCAACGUGCACUUGGCCAAAAAGAUGAUUGAGGAUCGAAGCAGGGACUACAUGAACGCCAGGAGAGUCGCUAAAGAGUACGAAACUGUGAUGAAGGGGUUGGACAGGAACGCACCGUCGGUACCGCCUCAGAACUCGCCACAGGAAGCCCAGCAAGUGGAAAUGUGGAAGAAGUACAUCCAGUGGGAAAAGAGCAACCCGCUGCGCACAGAAGACCAAACUCUCAUCACAAAGAGAGUGAUGUUCGCCUACGAGCAGUGCCUGCUGGUUCUCGGUCACCAUCCCGACGUAUGGUACGAGGCCGCACAGUACCUGGAGCAGUCCAGCAAACUAUUGGCAGAGAAAGGAGAUAUGAAUAAUUCCAAGCUGUUCAGCGACGAGGCGGCCAACAUCUACGAGCGUGCCAUCGGGACACUCCUGAAGAAGAAUAUGCUUCUGUACUUUUCAUUCGCGGACUAUGAGGAAAGUCGCAUGAAAUAUGAGAAGGUCCACAGCAUCUAUAAUAAGCUGUUGGCCAUCGAGGACAUUGACCCCACGCUGGUCUACAUCCAGUACAUGAAGUUCGCGAGGAGGGCGGAGGGCAUCAAGUCGGGUCGUACCAUCUUCAAGAAGGCCCGUGAGGACCUGCGCACGCGUCACCAUGUGUACGUGACAGCGGCGCUGAUGGAGUACUACUGCAGCAAGGAUAAAUCUGUGGCCUUCAAGAUCUUUGAGCUGGGUUUGAAGAAAUACGGUGACAUUCCAGAGUACAUACUGGCUUACAUUGAUUACCUCUCUCACCUUAAUGAGGACAACAACACCAGGGUUCUGUUUGAACGUGUCCUCACCUCAGGAAGCUUGUCACCGGAAAAAUCAGGUGAGAUCUGGGCUCGCUUUCUGGCCUUCGAGAGCAACAUUGGAGAUCUGGCUAGUAUCCUGAAAGUGGAGCGCAGGCGUUUUGCUGCCUUUAAGGACGAGUACGAAGGCAAGGAGACGGCCUUGCUUGUAGAUAGGUACAAGUUUAUGGACCUAUAUCCGUGCUCGAGCAGUGAACUCAAGGCCCUGGGAUACAAGGAUGUGUCUCGUUCCAAACUGGCAGCUCUGCUCCCCGAGACUGUGGUGACGCCUUCUGCACCUGCACUGAAGGAUGAAGCUGACCGGAAACCCGAGUACCCCAAACCCGACACCAAUCAGAUGAUCCCCUUCCAACCACGUCACCUUGCCCCUCCAGGUCUACACCCUGUCCCUGGUGGAGUUUUCCCCGUUCCCCCAGCUGCUGUCAUUCUCAUGAAGCUCCUCCCUCCUCCUACGUGCUUUACUGGUCCCUUUGUUCAAGUGGAUGAGCUCAUGGAAUCCUUUAGGAGAUGCACACUUCCUGAGACCGUUGACGCCGCCGUAGAGCUGAUCACUGGCAAACUGCCGGAAGCAGCAGGCGAGGGCAACGGAGCCACGGAGAACCACGCUGUUGCCAAGACAGUCAAGAGGUCAAACGCAGACUCCGACGAGGAGGACGACAAAGGAGCCGUCGCUCCGCCCAUACACGACAUCUACCGCGCGCGCCAACAGAAGAGGAUCCGGUUAACGUAACUAAAGCACCCCCGAGUGAACCCCACGAGAAUGUAACCCCCAACAGCUGCCAGUCAUACGGUGUUGAACAUGCGUGUCCAUAUUCCUGAGUGUUUCUCACAGAUUAUGCGUCUGUUGAUUUCUAUACCGUACACACACACACACACACACACAGUACACACGCUCACACAGACGUACAAGACAGACUGUAUGUGUUCUUGUGGUUUUGGUUUUGUUUACAGUUUUUUAUUUUUAAAGACUGCCCAUUAAACUGUAAGAUAAUGUUUUAAUUCACAUAAUUCAAUCAUCUCGGUUUUGGCCUUGUGAGCUUCCAACGGUGGCAAAGUGGAAUUAAAGCUUUUUUUAGAUAUCU